AUGACUGAUGAACAAAUCUCCUUUAAAAAAAACGUAAAAAAAAAAGAAAAAGAAAAAAAAACAAAUCUCCUUUAAAAAUAGUUGAUAAAAAAAACUAUCGCCAACCCAAAGGCGGUUAAAUUUGUGCUAUAAAAGCGAAAGCCCCUUAACAAAAAAUUCAAUUUCAAAUUCUAGUUUUCGCUUUCGUUGAAGAAAAAAGAAAUCCCUAGCACACAGAAAUAUUCAAGAUGCAAAUCUUUGUUAAGGCGCUUACAGGCAAGACCGUUACUCUCGAAGUUGAGAGUUCAGAUACCAUAGACAAUGUUAAGGCCAAGAUUCAAGAUAAGGAAGGGAUCCCAUCAGACCAGCAGCGUCUGAUUUUUGCUGGAAAGCAGCUGGAGGAUGGGCGUACCCUUGCUGAUUACAACAUCCAAAAGGAGUCCACCCUCCAUUUGGUGCUCCGUCUUCGUGGUGGUAUGCAAAUCUUUGUGAAGACUCUCACCGGAAAGACCGUCACCCUGGAGGUUGAGAGUUCGGAUACGAUAGAAAAUGUCAAGGUCAAGAUUCAAGACAAGGAAGGUAUUCCACCAGACCAGCAAAGGCUGAUUUUUGCUGGAAAACAGCUUGAGGAUGGCAGGACAUUAGCUGAUUACAACAUCCAGAAGGAAUCCACCCUUCAUCUUGUCUUGCGACUUCGUGGUGGUAUGCAGAUUUUUGUUAAGACGCUUACAGGCAAAACGAUUACUUUGGAGGUUGAGAGCUCAGAUACGAUUGACAAUGUUAAGGCCAAGAUUCAAGACAAGGAGGGUAUUCCCCCAGACCAGCAAAGGCUGAUUUUUGCCGGAAAGCAGCUGGAAGAUGGCCGAACCUUGGCCGAUUACAACAUCCAGAAGGAAUCCACCCUUCAUCUUGUCUUGCGACUUCGUGGUGGUAUGCAGAUUUUUGUUAAGACCCUUACAGGCAAAACAAUUACUUUGGAGGUUGAGAGCUCAGACACGAUUGACAAUGUAAAGGCCAAGAUUCAAGACAAGGAGGGUAUUCCCCCAGACCAGCAAAGGCUGAUUUUUGCCGGAAAGCAGCUGGAAGAUGGCCGAACCUUGGCCGAUUACAACAUCCAGAAGGAAUCCACCCUUCAUCUUGUCUUGCGACUUCGUGGUGGUAUGCAGAUUUUUGUUAAGACCCUUACAGGCAAAACAAUUACUUUGGAGGUUGAGAGCUCAGACACGAUUGACAAUGUAAAGGCCAAGAUUCAAGACAAGGAGGGUAUUCCUCCAGACCAGCAAAGGCUUAUUUUUGCUGGAAAGCAGCUGGAAGAUGGCCGAACCUUGGCCGAUUACAACAUCCAGAAGGAAUCCACCCUUCAUCUUGUCUUGCGACUUCGUGGUGGUAUGCAGAUUUUUGUUAAGACGCUUACAGGCAAGACCAUUACUUUGGAGGUAGAAAGCUCAGACACAAUUGACAAUGUGAAGGCCAAGAUACAAGACAAGGAGGGUAUUCCUCCAGACCAGCAAAGGUUGAUUUUUGCCGGAAAGCAGCUGGAAGAUGGUCGAACCUUGGCCGAUUACAACAUCCAGAAGGAAUCCACCCUUCAUCUUGUCCUUCGUUUGAGGGGAGGCAUGCAAAUCUUUGUAAAGACAUUGACAGGCAAGACCAUUACUUUGGAGGUAGAGAGCUCAGACACAAUUGACAAUGUGAAGGCUAAGAUACAAGACAAAGAGGGUAUCCCUCCAGACCAGCAGAGGCUCAUUUUUGCUGGAAAGCAGCUUGAAGAUGGCAGAACUCUUGCUGACUAUAACAUCCAGAAAGAGUCAACUCUUCACCUUGUCUUGCGUCUUCGUGGUGGUAUGCAGAUUUUCGUGAAGACUCUUACCGGAAAGACUAUUACCUUGGAGGUAGAGAGCUCAGACACUAUUGACAAUGUGAAGACCAAGAUACAGGACAAAGAAGGUAUUCCCCCAGACCAGCAAAGGUUGAUAUUUGCUGGAAAGCAGCUUGAAGAUGGCCGGACUUUGGCUGAUUAUAAUAUUCAGAAAGAGUCCACGCUUCACCUUGUCCUUCGUCUGAGGGGAGGUAUGCAAAUCUUUGUGAAGACGCUGACCGGAAAGACCAUUACCUUGGAGGUAGAAAGUUCAGACACAAUUGAUAAUGUGAAGUCAAAAAUACAGGAUAAGGAGGGAAUCCCACCAGAUCAGCAGAGGUUGAUCUUUGCUGGGAAGCAAUUGGAGGAUGGUAGGACUCUUGCUGACUACAACAUUCAGAAGGAGUCUACUCUUCAUCUUGUUUUGCGCCUUCGCGGUGGAUUUUAAUUUUGUCAAUGUUGCUUGUCAUGUGUUGAAGUUCUACUACAGUUAUCUUUAGUUUUCAUGUUUUCAGAACUUGGAUAUUGGGUCCAUAAUGGCCCUGGAAUACUAUCGUUUGAUUUGGUUUGUGAUGAUUCUGUUCUUCUAGUUUUACCUAAUGAAUGUGAACAAAUUUAGUAGUAAUUAAGUUCUAUUUGUUGUGUUUUAUAAAGCCAAUCCUUGAUAGUAAUUAAGUUCUCUUUGUUGUCUUUUAUAAAGCCAAUCCUUGAUAGUGAUUACUGAUUAGUGAAUAUGCAGAAAAACAUUGAAUGAAGUUUUUUUCUUCAUUU